AUGGAUAGUAUAAUAUCACCGGAAGGGUGUGGUGUGGGCCGCGAGUCAGUGCUGAUGAACGGCCAGUGUUUCCGCUGGUAUGCAAACUAUACACAACAACAGGACAUACAGUUUGGACGAUCGGCCAAACCGGGAGAAGUGCCGUUUGUGGCAUAUAUUUUCAAAUAUAUGAAAUUAUGGAUAUUUCCUUACGGGAGAAAAAAUGGUUAUUACGAUAAAUCGGAUUUUACUGUAUAUCCCGGCACACAAUCACUCAAACACUUACCACUCGGUUAUAGUGUGGACCAGUUGUACGCACAUCCAGACUAUAUAAGUGGUAAUGAAACCAAAUCUGAUAUCGGAUUAAUAAAAUUGAAACAAUGGAUACCACUUCCGACUAAACCAAAUACAAUCAGUCUUAUGAAUGCCAUUUGUUUGCCCACUAAUAGUAGUAUUAAAAGUAGUAGUAGUGGUAAAUAUAAACCGUCUGAAAACCUUAAUCAGUUGGCACUGGUAGCUGGUUUCGGUGAUUAUGGCAAUCACUACCAUACUAUUAAUCGGCUACAUAUUGGUUGGGUAUAUAUUAGAUAUAAUAACGAUUUAUUAUCGUAUUAUAUGAGACGUUAUCCCAAAUAUAGUGGUACAUCAAUCUGUAAUGGUGAUUCUGGUGGUCCAUUGUAUCAGUAUAUUAACGGUAGGGCAGUGCUCAUCGGUAUAACCCGAAGCAGUGAAGCUAUUGAUUCUUGUUUGGAUCCAAAAGAUUAUAAAGCAAUGAUGACUUUUGUACGCAUUUUACCGCAUUUGGAUUGGAUUACAAACAUUGUAUCUAAUAAUUAG